GCCGCCCAGGCCUGGCUUCUGUCCUGCGCACGCACAUUUCGUGCAAACUUGGAAGCGGAUCGCGUGCAGGGAAUGUCCCAUCGUGGCUCGAGUUUAUCAUCCCUGGUGCAGUGGGCAGCAUAGGGAACCAUAUUUCCUCAGGGAUUGACUUCUAAAGACUCCUGAUACGUGAGGAAGAACGCUGGAAGAAGAAGAGGAAAGCAAAGGAGUCAGGGAUGGCUCUUCCUCAGGGUGUGUUGACAUUCAGGGAUGUGGCCAUAGAAUUCUCUCCGGAGGAGUGGAGAUGCCUGGACCCUACUCAGAGGGCUUUGUACAGGGACGUGAUGUUGGAGAACUACAGGAACCUGGUCUCCCUGGACAUCUCUUCCAAAUGCAUGAUGAAAGAGUUUUCAUCCACAGGGCCAGGCAAUACAAAAGUGUUCCACACAGGGACAUUGGAAACACAUGAAAGUCAUCACAUUGAAAAUUUUUGCUUCCAGAAAAUUGAGAAAGAUAUUCAUGACAUUGAGUUUCAGUGGCAAGAAGAUGAAAGAAAUGGCCAUGAAGCACCCAUGGCAGAAACCAAAGAGCUUCCUAGUAGUACAGACCAAUAUGAUGAAAGGCAUGCUGAAAACAAGCCUAUUAAAGAUCAGCUUGGAUUAAGCUUUCAUUCACAUCUCCCUGAACUCCACAUAUUUCAGACUGAAGGGAACAUUGGUAAUCAAGUUGAAAAAUCUGUCAAUCAUGCUUCCCCUGUUUCAGCAUCCCAAAGAAUUUCUUGUAGGCCCAAAAUCCAUGUUUCUAAUAACUAUGGGAUUAAUUUCCUUUAUUCUUCAUUUCUCACACAAAAACAGAAAGUACACGUGAGAGAACAACCUUUCCAAUGUCAUGAGAGUGGCAAAACCUUUAAUUGCAGAUCACUCUUAAGGAAACAUCAGGUAAUCCAUUUAGCAGAAAAACGAUAUCAAUGUGAUGUAUGUGGCAGGGUCUUUAAUCAGAAUCGAUACCUUGAACGCCAUCGUAGAUGUCACACUGGUGAGAAACCUUACAAGUGUAGUGAGUGUGGCAUGAACUUCAGUCAUACGUCAUCCCUUAUACGCCAUCGUAGACUUCAUUCUGGAGAGAAACCUUACAAAGGUGAAAAGUGUGGCAAGAUCUUCUUUCAGACAUCUUCCCUUAAAUGCCAUCGUAGAGUUCAUACUGGAGAGAAACCUUACAAGUGUAAUGAGUGUGGCAAGACCUUCGGUCGAAAUUCAGCCCUUGUAAAUCAUAAG